CCCUUCCACUGAGCAAUCUUGAGGACACAUCCAGAGAAAUGUUUCUAGGUUUUGGACCACUAAUUAAAAAAACAUAAAAAAUAAAUAAAAAAAAAUAAUUUUAAAAAAUGGUAAUGAGCCAAAGGAGAUUAGAAGCCUGAAGCACAUGCCAAAGAUGGUGCUGGGUUUUCUCAGCCUGGCUAUGGAGAGAAUCUAACUGCAGUCCUCCAUUAAGAAAAAGGGAACCUGAUAGAGCCAAAUUCUGCUGAGAAAGGAGGCAAAAGUCACAUCCUCCAGCAAAGGAAAUUCCAACCACAGAAAUGGAAAAUAAAUCUUCACACUGAAUGUUUAAGUGGUGAAACAGGCUACAUGGAGAGGCUGUGAAAUUUUUGUCUUUCCAUAGUUUAGAAUUCAGCAAUGCAAAGCCCUGAAAACUUUAAAUUCGAACUUAUCUCUGCUUUGAACUGAGAGUUGGACUAGAAACCGAGGGAAGUCACUUCCAACCUAAAUUGUUCUAUUAUUUUAUUAGAGAAAUCUCAACUAGUUUUACCUUAACUUAAAGUUAUGAAACUGGUCUAUGAGUUCCUAAGGCCUCAAGGAGUUUGACAUGGCACUCUUUAAUGUCUCUUUCUUAACGAACCUUUAUAUUUUAAUAUAAAAUCAUUUCAGUAAAAGACUACUUAUGUGUGUGUCUGGAGAAGGGGGAAUUAGGAAAAGAUGAGCCAUCUUUGCUGAUGAAUGAUGUAUCUCAGAUAUCACCUGUCUUUCAUAUCAAUGUAUUCUGUUUUGACCCUUCCAGCACAGGUAUCUGAAAAAUAAAUGGAUUUGCAUUCCAUAACAUCUCAACCCCAUUUUAUUAUUGUGUACAUUCACAAACAGAGCUACUGCUUAUCCAAAACAGAACACAAGAGACCAACCUGUGAACUUGAAUCACAACCAUUAAUUUCAAUAUAUUUCCCUGCUGAGAGGACAGACAGUCCAGAGAGGUUUUUCGGAUUAAGUCACCUUAUCUUAUACAUAUAACUGAACAGCGGGUAGCAGCAUGAUAAGGUCUAAAUAUUCAUCCCUCCAUCAAAUCUUGUGGCCAAGUUCUUAAAGGUAGUCCAAGGUCUGACUACCCUUGAGUCAAAAAGACUGAGCAUGCCACAUGUAUGCAUGGGCAGAACAGAUGGCAGCAGCGCCACAGGGUAAACCAAAGAACCUGGAGAAUGUGCUGCCAGUGAACCUGGAAGGUCUGCUGAUGAAUAUCAGAAAUAAUUCAGUCUCCUACUGUGAUUUCUAUAAAUAUUUACAGAAGUAUGAAGCUAGCUGGUAACACCAAUUUGAUGAUCGUCACCUUUGCUUUUUCUACAUCAGAUAUCUCAGUGUCAUAGUACAGUUGGUAUGGAGACUGAUACAUUUUCACUUUGACUUGAGAUGUAUGGAUAUGAUUCUUAAGAGGAACAGGAUACUUACUGGGACAAAUGUUUGUGGGUUUCAUGUCACACUCAAGUUUCAGCAGUUUCAGUUUCCUGACUGAGUCACAACAUCUUGGAAGAGGAUUGGAGUGGAAGGAGGAUAUAGCAUGAGAAGCCCUCCAUGGCCAAACUACUACACAAAGAUUCUCCACCUGUUACUGCUUGGCUAGAUGGGCAGUUCUGAAAGUCAAGCCUAACAGCUCCUUCUAGGUCCAUCUUACGUUUUUGCAAGUCUGAGAGAUGAAAACCUCACAGAAGGAUUAACAUCCAUCUGGUAUAUCACUUAUGGCUGUCCGCAAUACAGCUGUGUGUGGAGAUAGUACCACAGAUCCACAAAUAUUUCAGCCCCAUGACCAUGUCCGAGUGCCAGAGGUAAUAAAUCUUGACUCUUAACAGGUUUCAAAAGCUCUGGCUUUAUGCCACAUUAAUGCAGUUUGCCAUGGAUCCCAGUUAAUACCAGUACUGACUGCGAGCAUAUAAGGAGUCCCUGCACCUACUUUGUUAUGUCUCUAGAAUACCUGUCAUUCAGCAGAUAUAUCUGCACAUCAAUAGGAAAAAAAGUCUAGAUGGGCUUGUCAAUGUUGCUAAAACCUCCUCAUUUUUCAUCAGUGUCAGUCUUCAAUAUUUUAUCAGGGAAGAGGGAAAACAUUAGUUAUACUGAAAUGUGAAAAAACAAUGAUCAGCCUUCAGUCUGAACAAUUUGUAAAUGCAAAGACUUGGGAAGCAGACAAGAGAGAAAGGAGGUGUGAAUUUCCUAAGCUAUCCCUAUUUCUUUGACUGAGAACAGUAUAGUACUUUCAGAAGAAACUGAAAAUAAAAACCCAAUUGAAAGACAGACUAUUAACAGAACAGCCUACAUUUUUUGCCAAGCAAAAAUCCCCAAACAGUAUCAGUUUAAUAUAAGUUCCAAAAUAAAAAAGUGGAAUUUGAAUCCAGAACCCUAAAUCCAUGACUUCUGAAUAUACUGUUUAAGCCUUUCAGAAAGUCUUACAGAACUUACAGCUCGUACUACUUAUAGCUUUUACUAGCUACAGACUGCCUUUGGAGUACACUCUACAUUAUCAGCACCACCUAGAGUGCAUCAUUGGAAACAACUCCAAAAACAUAGUAUUAUUUACAAAGUGUGAUUGUAUUUCAAAAGAACAUUUUCCAGACUUACUCUCUCUCAAAGACUUUCAUAUCAAACAUACAUGGCUGUUACAAUAGAAGAGACACAGUGAGAAUCAAUAUUUUAUUAUUGCACCUAGAAGAAGCAGAGGAAAGAUACCACAUUUUAGAUUCAACUGAACCCUGUGAGGCAGUGUCUAUAGCUUCUGGCUUGAUCACCUUCAGCAAGUUCCUCAAUCAGAAUACAGUUAGUGAUGAUAAUGAUAAUGAUGAUGAUAAUGAUUACGACAGCAUGUGAAGCAGAACAGAAUCCUGUUCAUUCUUUUAAAUCUGCUUUGAUUCACCAGAGAAAUAGAAACAGAUUGUUUUUUUUCAGUAAAGUAUUUAGAUAAAGGUUUGAAGGCAGAAGUGAGCAAACCAAAUGGAUAAGAUACUAUAGAUAUCAUAUGCUUAUAAAGUAACUGUUUGUGUCUGUAUUUCUUUAUUCUGUUUACUUCCUGCUUGUAUCUGACACCUACUUACUUAAAGCCAGCUCCUGUAGGUCCUCAAAACAGCAACAGAGGAUGGUAGGAAACUUAUGCUAUGGGAUGCACACUUGCUUUUCCGUUGCUUCCCAUCUAGGAAAAGUGAUGUGAAGCUUUCUGUCUUGAAUUAUUUAAACUCAGUUUUUGAAUGGUAUAACUGAACAGCACCUAUUUUACCAUCACAGUAUUCCAGUUCGAUAAUGCAAAAAUAAAAUGCAAAAUGAGUAGACUACUAUAUGCGUGGAACAACUCAGUAGUGAAAUGGGCCCUUCAUCUGGAAACGAUGUUCUUCUCUGUGAUUUGUGACUUUAUCAGUUAAUUUGUAAAUUCAGUUAGCAUUCAGAAAUACUCAAACAGACUUACUUUUCAAAACCACUGAAAUCCAUAGCAGCACUGUACUUGCCUAUGUUUCUGAUAAACAGACACCUGCCACUGAUAUCACAAUUCUGAAGCUGCUUGUUUUCAUUUUUUAAACAAAUCACUUGUUACUAUGGUUGCAUAUAUAUCUUCUUACAGUCUAUUUUAAAAAAUAACCAAAGUAAGAAUAUAGGCUAACAAAACAGAGUGUUUUCUUGCAUUGUAAAUGUAUAUGCAAAAGUUCAGCUGCUAACAAGUACUGAUUAUUCAUUUCUGGCAAAGUAGCACAAGGAGACUGAAAACAGCUUCCUGCUCCACCAAUUGAACAGCAUAUACUGAAAAAGCUCAGCUUCAGAUCUUUAUUGCAGUACGUGGUCUUAAUUUUAAGUCUGAGAAGAUAAUCACAUUGCAUGGGAUGAACACAGCAAAGGACCUGUCUUUUCUCAGAAGAGAGCUCUCUCCUGCUCUUAUGGUACAGAACUCAUUAGUACCACUGACGAUCUUUAGUCCUUGUACUCCUAUAUUUCCCAUUCAGUACCAGUUGCUUUCCUGUUACAUCUGGGGUCCACCUACUUCUGCUGUGGGAAAGCUGCUUUUCUAUGCAAUACGAUGAAUUAAAUACUUUGCCUCUGGCCCUAUUUCUCAUAUAUCUUCUGACCUAAAAAUAUGUUUAAUACCAUUCAAACUGACUGGGAUGCUUAUAUUUCCCUUGAACAUUAUUUCCAGGCUAAACCUUUUAAGCUUACAUACUGUAAAGUCAGAGUGAUAUACACUAUUGCUAGUCAAUAAUUGUAAAUUGUAAUAUCAUUGUAUUAUUUCAUCUUUCUUAUGUUUGUAUGUUUUGCAUAAUUGAAAUAUAUAAUGAAGUGAAUAAGUAAAAUAUUACAAUUAAUUUCAAUAUAGCACACUAAUAAGAUAUAUUUUAUUGGAAUUCUUAAUCUGAAGAGAAGGAACCAAAAAGAAAGUAUUUCUAUUCUUUUAGUCUUGAUGGUAAUUCUACUCUUACCCACUACCACAAUAUUACAGUAGAGUAUAUUUUCUCAAUACACAGCUGAUACUACAUGGCAAGAAUAUUUCCACUGUAUUGCAUAAAAUAUUUCUAUAUUUCUAUUGCACUAUGAGAAACUAAGAUGAAAUUAUUACAUCAAUGAGGAGAAUCUGGCCUGUGUCCUUUCUUACACAAAAAAGUUGUGGGGCUUUCAGCCAAAGCUAGUAACUGCUAAUAACAUCAUAGAAAAAUGGAAAAGACUGUGACAUUUAUCAAGGAAUGGUUGCACAAAAGUAUCCCAAAGACAUUACGAAUUGCAGUAAACUACCUAUUACCAUUACAAGAAAAGAAAUGCACUUUCUAUAAUAUGAAAAUACAGCAAACAUUCUGCAUGUUAACUCAUAAUUGUAACAAAAUAUGCCUUAACUAUAUAAAUCCAAAUUCUGUUAUUUUAAAAUAAAGAAUGCAUAUAUUUAGAGCUAUAACCACUGAGAAAGAUGAAAAAUAAUUUAUGUAAAUGCUUCAAAGACACAUAAACCUUCAGGUGCUUCAGGACACCAACACUGAUUCACAAGCUGAAUUUUUUUUCCUUGAGCUGAGUUAUUCUGAAUUUCACUCUUUCAAGAUAUUCUGCACAUUUCUUUGAAGCAUGUGAAGCUGGAACCUGUCUGAAGCAAGACAGAUAUCUAUCUGGCCAUUGGCUUUGCUCUUGAAUGGAUUAUUUUAAUUCUAUGACCUCAUAACAGCACAUUUUCAUGUCCUAUAUAAAUCCUUCCCUGUAGCAUCUCCAGAUCAUGUGACAGGUGAAAAGGGACCAUUUGCUCUGAAGGGACCAUUUGAUUUGAAGGCUGAACACAGAGGUUGAAUGGGAUUUUUAAAUUAUCUUGAAGCACAGGCUGCUGUCCUCCUUCUGAAUUAAAGCAACUAGUCUGAUAAGAAGGAAAUCAGCUGGACAGAGGAUUUUUAACACCUCAAGAUGGGCAGUGGAGCUAGUUCUGAGAGCAAGGAGUCGGCCAGGAGAUCCAGAGAACUGGAAAAGAAACUCCAGGCAGACGCAGAGAAGGAAGCCAGGACAGUCAAACUACUCCUGUUGGGUGCUGGAGAGUCAGGAAAGAGCACUAUUGUAAAGCAAAUGAAGAUCAUCCAUAAAGAUGGUUUCACCUACAAGGAACGCAUGGAGUUCAGACCCAUCAUCUACAGCAACGCAGUGCAGUCUAUCCUCUCUAUCGUGAAAGCAAUGGCUAAGUUAGGAAUCAGUUAUGAAAACCCAGCUAGAAUUGAAGACGAAAGGAAGCUCUGUGCCAUGGCAACAGCUCUGGAGGAUGGCAACAUGUCUUCUGAACUCGUUGAACUCAUCAAACAGCUGUGGAGCGACGGUGGGACCCAGGCCUGCUUCACCAGGGCAGCAGAGUACCAGCUCAGUGACUCGGCAGCCUAUUACCUCAACGAUUUGGACAGGUUAGCAACACCGGACUAUGUGCCUAGUGAGCAAGAUGUUUUGCACUCCCGAGUGAAAACAACUGGGAUUAUAGAGACUCAGUUUUCUUUCAAGGACUUGAACUUCAGGAUGUUUGAUGUGGGUGGACAGCGAUCGGAGAGAAAGAAGUGGAUUCAUUGCUUUGAGGGAGUUACUUGCAUCAUUUUCUGUGCUGCACUCAGUGCCUAUGACAUGGUUCUGGCGGAAGAUAAAGAAGUGAACAGAAUGCAUGAAAGCCUUCAGCUGUUCAACAGCAUCUGCAACCACAAGUGCUUUGCAGCCACUUCCAUUGUGCUGUUUCUAAACAAAAAAGACCUCUUUCAAGAGAAAAUAACGAAAGUUCAUUUGAAUGUCUGCUUUCCCGAGUAUAAUGGACUAAAUACAUUUGAAGAUGCUGGAAAUUACAUCAAGCAACAAUUCCUAGACUUGAACAUAAGGAAAGAAGAUAAAGAGAUAUAUGCUCACUUGACUUGUGCCACAGACACUCAGAAUGUCAAGUUUGUAUUUGAUGCAGUUACAGACAUAAUAAUCAAAGAAAAUUUGAAAGACUGUGGGCUUUUCUAGCCAUUCAUUCCCUUGCUCAUAGAUUGACUUCAGCUCAGUCCACUUUCCUCUCUUCAUCCUGUGUGCUGACUGAAAUAAAAAACUCCAGGGAAGAAAUAAUAUCAAUUAGGCUUUUGUUAGCUGCCAGUUGCUGCCUUGGGCAUAGCGUGAGCAUUGCAGACCAACACUUCAUAAGAAGACUGAAAAAAAAUAUUCUAGCUCCAUAGAGGUGCCAGCUGCUGAUAAAUCCUACUGAAAUCAAAAGGAAAUUCCUAUUUUAAUCAAUAUGAUUUGAAGGUAAUCAGAACUUCUCAGAAAACCUCAGUAUCCUGUGUUUUUUAGUGACUGGAGGAAAAAAAAAGACAAUAUAUAACAGAUAACUGACUUUUAUUUAUAUUUGAAGCCUUAAGGAAGCUAUAGCAUUAAACAGUAUCAAUAGAUAAUUUCUGUUCAGCACUUUUUUGUUUUCAUGUUACAUACACAACUAAAAAUGACAGACCAUUAAUUGAACAAAUGCAAACCCCACAGGCUUAACUGGUGUAUGACAAAGAGCAGUGCAAAUCUGAAUGUUUAAUUUUAUUAUACUGUUUUGUUAGAAGAGCUGAGGGACAAGUACAUAAAAAACCGCACAUGUAUAAAACUCACAAGUGCUACUGUCCAGUUUGGGGAAAAAGAAAAACAAAUCAAACCAAAACAACACAGUGAGAUGGAGGCAUGUUUUUUGAAUUCCUGAGGAAGCAUAAAAUAUUAUAGUAACUGUCAGUUCCUGCAUAGACUGUAAAGGCCUGUUGAAAUUUUUUUUUUUUAGCAAGAACUGACUCUUUUUUAUAAUAAUAAUGAAUAGUCCUGCUACUGGACAACUUCUCCAGUACCUUGUGACUGCAACAAUCAUUUCCACCCAUGCAGAGCUCAUGUAAACCACCAGUCCUUGUGGGAAAACCGCAGCCUUGGGUCUUUGGUACAGAGGUCUAUUCGCUGUGCAAUGAACCUGCUAAUGAAGAACUGCUCCCCUUUAACUCCUCCUGAUUUACUGAGACUGUUAACUACAAAAAAUGCUAAACUAUGUUAACCAGAAUGGAAAUUCUAAAUAUAUGAAACUGAAUUCUUAAUUUUAACACUCACUUUUGAAAUUUGAUCACUGAUAGAAUUUUUUUCUUUUUUCUUUUUUUUUUUUUUAAGACAUUUCAAUGUAAUUUUUUUCCAUACACUCACUGUGUUCUGGUUAAUGUAAUUACUGAAAACACUAGAACAGACAACACGAUCACCAACAAGAGUCCUGCAAGCUGUCCCAUAAGCAAGGCUGUCAGUGUGUGCAGGUGUCCCAGCAGGUCUGGCAAGUGUGGAGCUAAAACAUGUUUUGCACGGUCUGGAUUCCUAUUACUGCCUGAUCUGUAAUGCUUCACUUCAUUAAUUCCUUGUUUGUGUUGAAAAUAAUGGAUUUCCAUGGUAAGCUUUCUGGAUUAUUUUCCAGCAAUAAAUCUAAUUUAAAACAAAUAAUGUGAACUGUGGAGGCAUCAACAUUAAUUUCUGGUUCCCUGAUAGUGUAAUAAGGUCUUUAAGAAAAAAAUCCAUGAGCACAUUUUCUUCAAGCAAACAAAUGCUUAAGAAAACGGACAGAUUUUACAAUAUACCAUCAAAGUUAAUACACGUAAGACUGUACAGAUGGGGUUUCCUGCUCUGGGGUUUCCUGCUCAUGCUUUACAAAGUUAGGCUGGCCUAAAUUUGCCGGAGUUCCUGGCACAGCAGUGGCUUUGUGAACCGCCGGGACCGACCUGCGGGUGCUGCCACCCGUUCCCGGGGUUGAGUGCUGGGAAACCGGGGCCGCUGUGGGGAUCUGCUGGGGACCGACCGACCAGAACCGGCGCCCAGAUCCCACGUAAUCCCGGCCCGGGAGGAACGGGCGGGAGGCGGCUCCGCUGUCCCCUGGGUCCGUGAGCGGCGCCGGGCGCGGCCGCCAGGGGCCGCCGUGGUAGCGCUGCGCACAGCGGCUCAGCCGGCCCAGGGCAGGCGGGCUCAGCGGGACGGGCCGAGCCGCGGUCUCCGGCCUCGGCACCCCCUGUGCUGUGUGCCCGCGCACAGACAUGGAGCUGUGCUGCCUGAGGGAGGCAGGGCUGUCCUGCCGACCAAGUCUUCAUCUUUAAUGUCGUUUUCUGACCCUGGUGAGCCCGCACGUCGAAUCUUGGAGUUAGUUUUGGGCCCCUCACGACAAGACAUUGAGGUGCUGGAGAGAGUGCAGAGAAGGGCAAUGAAGCUGGUGAGGGGCCUGGAGCACAAGUGUGAUGAGGAGCAGCUGAGAGAACUGGGGCUGUUCAGCCUGGAGAAAAGGACGUUGAGGUGUUAUAGUUGGCUGUAUUUUGCUUUUGUAAACUGUAGCCAAGAUUCUCACCUUAUCUUGAAAUUUCACAGGUUGUAUACAAGUUUUAUCUCUUAGUUUGAGAAUAGAGAACUGAAAGUUAGUUCUGUUAGUUCUCAGUGGGUCCUUAUCUUAUCUUGAACGGAUAGGAUGUGCUGAGGAUGCACAUCUAAGAAAUAUGAGUAUUUUACAUGAUUUCAUAACAAAUAUAGGAAUAGUGCGCAUGUGCACUGACAAAAGGUGAAAAGUACAGGAGUGAAGAAGACUCCUUACUUCAUCUUGAAGACCCCCUGAAGGACCACCAGAGGACACUGUGCAUGCUUAGAGUAGUUCCAAGGUGUUGCAACUGAUAUUGUGAAAUAAUUGUGUAAUCUGAUGAAUAUGCAAUACAUACGUUGUAACCCUAAUGAAUAUGUAUGUAACCAAAUUGUAUAAAUGUAGUGGAGUUCGAAUCAGUGUCGAAGCCAGCUUUGGGUGUGAACCCCUGGUUUCCCAGCGCUGAAAUAAAAGCACCGCAUAUAACUACGUCCGUGGUUGUGUGUCUCGUUUGCUAACAGAGGGGAGACCUUAUCGCUGUCUGCAACUACCUGAAAGGAGGUUGUAGCAUGGAGGGGGUUGGCCUCUUCUCCCAAGUAACAAGUGAUAGGACAAGAGGAAAUGGCCUCAAGUUGCACCAGGGAAGGUUCAGAUUGGAUAUUAAGAAAAAAUUAUUCACAGAAAGGGUUGUCAGGCAUUGGAACAGGCUGCCCAGGGCAGCGGUUGAGCCAGCAUCCCUGGAGGUGUUUAAAAGAUGUGUAGAUGAGGUUCUUAGGGACAUGGUUUAGUGCCAGUGUUAGGUUAACAGUAGGACUCAAUGAUCUUAAAGGUCUUUUCCAACCAACAUGAUUCUACGAUUCUAAGUCCAAGUAUGACAGCUCUUACUACAUGGGGUUAAUCCAGGUCACCUGUAUCCCACUCGAGCUGGAUGACCCCACACGUUGAGCUGGAUCGGUCUGUCCUCAAGGCUGGACAAUCCUUUACGUUACUUAACUGUCUCCAAAUUUACCUUCUGGAAUCACUGAGCAUCCAAGUUCAGGCAGCAGCUCGUGGCUGACCCUGACCCUGCUGCAGGCAUGAAGUGAUCCAGUGCCUGAAUUCCCAAUGAGGACCAAAAAGUGAGGCAUGAAGGUGACUGCAGUCAACAGGAUGCUUUCCAGCAGAGGACAAAGAGGGAGGACCAUGAUAUCUGCCACAUGUUUUUCAUACAUGGUAUGCUUUUUAUACUUCUCUCUCCAUGUACACACAGAAAAACCAUCCUCCCCUUCUUUUUUUUUUUUUAAUAGGUUAUUAUUCACAAGGGAAAUAAAUAUUUGAGACCAGAUGGCAACAUGAAACAUGACUUUCAGAGAAAAAUUAUCCAGAGUUUUCCAAAAAUCUUCCCAGGGAUGUGUCUACACUUUCCCUAGAAGAGAUACUAGAUAAUAGAAAACAACUUUCUCCAUCUCUAACCCUAACUAUAAUUUUUGCCUUAGCUGGAAAUGAAGUUGAUCCCAUGACCAGGGAAUGAUGAAGAAAAGUUGUCUCCAGCAGUUUGAAACCUCUUCUGUACACUCAGGGACCUCCAAGUUACAGCAGAAGCCCAGGCUCAUGAGCCACUACUUUUCAAAGCCCUGGAUGUAACCCUGAUCUUGGUCCUAUCUCAUUUCAAAAUGUAAAACUGGCAUGAGACAGAAGUCAACAAGGGGUUAAGGAAAAAUAGUUUUGAGGAAAAUGGUGCGAGUCCUCUACCCAGAGAAUAUCUGAGAUGCAGCAGGAACCUGGGCUCUCCACCAUGCACUUUACCAAAUUCUACCCCUACUCCUGCUUUUAAAUCUAUCCUAGGCUAGACAUCAGGCCCAGUCCUUGAGAAGUGAAUGAUAGAAGGGAAAGUAGCACUUUAAACCGAGAUGAGCCCUUUUCCUUUUUCUCAGGGUCCUCAAAGAUGUAUUGAGAUUUUAGGUUUCUCAAAACUGUUCUUGUUCAAACCCCAGCACUGUCACCCUAAUCAUCAGUCCCAGUGCUGU